AUGUUAUCACGACUCUUUAAUCUCAAGAAGACAACACCGUCAUCGAACAAAGAUGCUGCCAACCAUACAACCUCACAAACAUCCUUUCCAUUUCCAAAAGAGAUCGUUCUAACUAUUUCACAAUUUUUAUUAUUGCCUGAUUUGUUUCAUUUCGGAAUGACAUGCUCAUUUACUCUAAAAUUGUUAUUCAAUCAAACUCCACAAAUAGUCAUUCAACGACUCAAAGAAAAGGAAAAGAAACAGAAAAAACAAAAUCUUUCGCUUGUAUUAAAAGAAAAUUCCAUCAUUGAACUUUACAAAAAACAAGAUGAAGAAUGCAAGACUAAAUCAAAGGUCAAUGAUGAAAAUUUUGAAUUUGUUCAAAACAUGAUUUGGAAGAAUUUAGUGAAACAUUACUUUAUUCGUUUUUCUUCAAGCGGUGUCAAAAACUGGAUGCAUGUAUUACGAAGAAGGAUUAUCUAUUUGAUGGAUCAUGAUCGACCAAAACUUCCCCUUGUGACUUCCAUUCAUCGUCAAGAGGAAGAAUUGUUAAUCUCUCGAUUGGAUGAUUUCAAACAGUUAACUCCAUGUUCCAGUGAUUUGGAUUUCAUUGAGAAGUGCGACCAUUUAUACAACUGUCCAUUGCAUUUGUCAUCGAUUGAAACUCGAACUUAUGUUGAUUCUGUAUAUUGUCACGAGUGUGAUCGUCAGAUUGGUUUGGCAAGAACACCCAUGGACUUUACCUUAUCUUACAUGUCAUUGGCAAUCCUCACUCAGAAACCAGUAACUGUACCACCAAAACCAGCUGCCAAGAAGUAA